AGUGUCAACCGAGUUACACAAAUGAACGCUAAGGUCCUCAUCUUGCUGGGCGUGGUGGCUGUUGCGGCUGCAGAUAAGCUGCCGGCCUACUCUUACAACGCACCUCAGGGCUCUUUCGAGGAUUCGGUGGAGUACGAUGAUGCCAAGUACGACUUCAACUGGGCUGUGAAGGACUCCGACUCCGGCAACGACUUCGGCCACCAGGAGUCCCGCGACGGCGACAACACUCAGGGAUCCUACUACGUGCAGCUCCCCGACGGCCGCCUGCAGAAGGUCACCUACUACGUGGACGGCGACAACGGAUACGUUGCCGACGUGACGUACGAGGGCGAGGCUCGCUAUGACUCUGUGGAGUCUCGCGAAUACGGGGCCCCCAGACCCGUGUACUCCGCCCCCGAGUCCCACGAGUCAGUUGAGACUCCCGUGUACACCCCACCACGACCCCAGUAUGCCGCCCCCAGGCGCUCCUACGGGUUCCCUCAGUAACUUGGCAUUGAGUAUUUAUAGCUGUUAUGAAAUAGCCGCUGUAUUAAACUAUAUAUUUAUGGAUGAGACCGAAAUAAAGAUGCAUUAUUUUUAAA